UAAGUUUAUAUAAGAGUGCUAUCAUACCCAGAUUAUGGUUAGUAGUUUUGGACAAAAGUUGAAGACGUGCGCGUGAAAGUCAUAAUUAGUUCUUUGUUUUUGUAGUUCCCUUUGAUUAUCUAAAAAAACGAUAUCAUGCCUAAACACCGGAUAUCAACCUUUCAAACAACUCUUUUUGCCUUGAUUGUUAUCCUUCAUUGUACACUCACAUAUUCCAAGUGUUCGUUGGCCGAAUUGACUUUCCAGCUGGGUGGUAAUAACCUCUUGUGGCCAUGUUCUUCAACGAAAAAUAUCUACAUUCAGUCGGGACGAUAUGUACCGAGAAAUGUUAUUGCAACUCGUACGCAAAUAUUACGUGAUAGUGCUUUUGUUGUAUUGCCACGAUACAAACAGGGUGUUCCGUUCACAUUGGGUAAAGUGAAUUUGAAGAAGGGUGAUUGUUUGCCACCAAUAGCACCAUAUCCAUGUUGGGCUAUACAGGAGGAGGGAAAUUGUGCAGCCCUGCAGUCGGUUGUUGAUAUAUUUGUUGAUCACAAUGGUAUUCUCUGGGCAUUGGAUGUUGGUAUUGUCAAUACAUUGGAACAACCCAUUCGAAGGUGUCCACCAAAAAUUGUUGCCAUCAACACGGCCGACAAUAAAGUUGUCAAGAGCAUCGAUUUGUCGCCCAUCGUCACAGCUGAAUCACGUCCUCAAUUUAUGGCCAUCGAUUACUCCAAGGACAAUAAGCCUUUUGUAUACGUUGCUGAUGCUGGAACUCGUAGCAUUCUAGUUUAUGACGUAAUUGGGGCUAAGGCAUUCCGUGUUGUACUACCAAAGGCAGCAGCACCCAUCAAUGACGUCCUUUAUAUUGCUCUGGCCGUUAAGCCAUGUGGCGCCUCAACAUUAUUCCUCACAUUCCUCAGCUCCCCACGGAUAUAUUCGAUAAAGACUCAUUACUUGCGCAUAGGACAAGGAGCAGGAGCCGUUGUAGAUGUCGGUGCAAAACCUUAUGGCAAGCCUUUGGUAUUUCUUGGAACUGAUGGUGGAACGUCGUUAUUCUUGAGAUUCAAGGGUGAGAAUGACAUCUACAUGUGGGAUUCAGAAACGUGUCUCAAAUUGGCUAAUUUAAUUGAGGUGCAGAAUGGAGGCGAUUGUCGUCUGUCUACACAGGUUGUUCCAGGACACAAAAAAUUCAUGUGGGCUCUGGAAAGUAAUUUCCACGAUUUUAUAGCAGAUACAACAGGAUGUAAUGGAGCUUCUAUUGUCUUACAUCCCGUUGCAAAAGACCUUCCUGAGUAGCAUCAGUAAUAAUAGUCGUGUUUGAUGAUUGUAUAAUUUUAGAACAUAUUAGUUUUAUUAUUUUAAUAUUUAUUAUUGUAAGCAUCCCCAAAGCAUAAGUAAAUAAGGGCAAAGUGAACAAUGGAAACAUUUUGUUUGCUCCAAAAAAUAACAAUGAGAGAAGCGGAAGUGAAUUGUUGAGGAGAAAAAAAAAUGGUUGAUUUUAACAAGUUCUUAUGUUUGAGGGAUGAAAUUUUAUU